AGUUCCAGGAAAUUGAUAAUCCCAAACAGCAUUAACCAGUUCAUUAUUUGGUCGCACCUGCGUGCAUAAGGAGCAGUCCUGAAGCCACAUACUAUUGAUGGCAUUAUACAACAAAAUAAUAAUAAAACACCCUUCGCCACUCUCAACAUAAAGGCCACACGACACACAAAACUAUUUAAUAAUCCAUUUGUGACAUCAGGAUGUCUUUGGGUCAUUGAUGCGAUAAAGGGACAUCCGUGGCCGGGGUUUCCUGCCCUUGUGGGCGACGUCAGUGCUGUCAUCGGAAGUACCAGGUUACGAACGGUGUAACCCCCACACAAAAGUGACUUACUUGAGCGAGUGUGUAUCAGUGUGAGUUACAAAGGGACACACAGACGGGGUCCCACUAAACGCUCUCCUUGUCUGUCCCACAGACGGGGUCCCACUGAACGCUCUCCUUGUCUGUCCCACAGACGGGGUCGCACUGAACGCUCUCCUUGUCUGUCUCACAGACGGGAAUAUAACAGGUAUAAGCAAGAAACGAUUGUAUGAGACAGGGCGCUCGAGGCUGACCAUCACACCACAAUGGUUCUCCGCGAUAACAACCUGCCGAAACUAUGCUUCGACAAUCCUUUGUACAACACGGAGGGCGGCGCCUCGAGGUCCGGUCCCUCUCCCAAGGCCGAGCUGAAGGUGUCGAAGAGCGUCAGCGUCGUUAGCGCCAAACCAACUGACCAUCCCGGGGCCAAAAAGCGCGCCUCGAAUAUGAGCCACGCGGAAUUCCAGUCGUUCUUCAUCAAGGAUCCGUCGACGCCUUGCAAGCAGAGUCCGCAGAUCUUCAUGCCGGCGGCCACACUCACGCCGGACUGCGACGUCGAGGAGCACAUCAUUGAGAACAUCAGGAAUCGCGACUUUUGGUCCAGGAGAUCGCGGAAUAACCCUUUCACGCGGCUUCGAACCUCCGAGGUUCGGCUCUCGAAGCGCACUUCCUCGCCUGCGCAUCUUUUGGUGCCCGGCCAGUGCUUGGAGGCGGAGGAGGAGCUGCAGCUGCCCUCUCCCUCGACCAUCUCGGCCGCAGAUGAGGACGAGGAAGCCAUCGCCUCGGAGAUGAUGCUGGAGUCUCAGAAGGAGACCAGACUACGACAUAACAUCACCUGGAUGAGAGACUACCUGUCCCAGGUGUCUGAGGCUGACGGAGGCACGUUCUCCCUCCUCCCUUUCAUCGCCGCCAUGCGUAACAAGGAGCUCCUGCGACGCCUGUUCUCGCUGUGGGACGUCCGAGGCGACGGGGUUCUGCCGCAGGAGGAGUGGGUCGACCACCUCAAGUGUUCCACCAGAGAGGUGGGCGCCAGGGAGUGGGCGGAGCUGCUGGAGGUGUUGGCGUACGUGGUGUGUGGCGAGGACGGCGAAGUCACUGAGGACCUCUUCACCACCAUCCUCACCUCCAGGGGGGUGUUGGAGAAGCUCUUCCGUCUGAUCAACAAGGAGGGAGAUGGGCUGGUGAGUCGCCAGGACAUCAUGGACUUCAUAGCUAACCUCACCUAUGCCCGUCCGCGGACGGGCUUCACGAGGGAGAACCUCGAGUGGUUGGAGCAGCUUUUCCGCCAGGCCCUGGGGCACAAACAAGAACUCUCCUUCGAUGACUUCAAGAAGAUCGUCCACUCUCGCAACUCGUUCUUCGCCGAGCGGGUCUUCCAGAUCUUCGACCGUGACAACAGCGGCACGGUGUCGCUCGCAGAGUUCCUGGACGCCAUGCAUCAGUUCGCGGGAAAGUCCCCCAACGACAAGAUUAAGUUCCUCUUCAGAGUCUAUGAUCUUGAUGGCGACGGGCUGAUCCAGCAGAGCGAGCUGCAGAAGGUGAUGAAGGCGUGCAUGGAGGAAAAUGGGAUGAAGUUUAGCGACGAGCAGAUCGAGGACCUGACGCUGGCAAUGUUCGAAGACGCCGACACCCAGAACACGGGAGCCAUCACCUACGAGUCCCUCAAGGCUCAGCUGGAGAAGCACGACGGGCUCCUUGAGAACCUCUCCAUCAGCAUCGACCGGUGGCUGGUGCCCCCAGACCUGGGCACUAACAAGGAGACCUUCUCGCAGAAGCUGGCCAAGCUGAAGCCCUACCAGCUCUCAAUUCCUUACGCCAAGAACAACUACGUCUACCUCACCUUCCUCUUUAUAUACCUUGCCAUCAACGUGUGCCUCUUCGCCACGCGAGCCUACGAGUAUUGGAACAACAACACCUACACCAUAUUAGCCAGGGCGUGUGGUCAGUGUCUCAACUUCAACUGCAUGUUCAUCUUGGUGUUCGUGCUGCGUCAGUCCAUCACCUACCUUCGCUCCGUGGGUGCCAUCAGCUUCCUGCCUCUGGACCAGCACCUCUACCUCCACAAGUUGUGUGGCUGGCUCAUCUUCAUCUACUCCGUCGUCCACACCGUCAUGCAUCUCAUCAACUUCUCCACAGUUGUAAUUUAUCUCACCGAUGAGGGCCAACCAAACGCUAAAAAUUUUACACUGACGGAGUGGAUCUUCACGAUGAAGCCCGGACUCUUCGGCCUUGUCAAGGGCAUAGCCAACCCGACGGGCGUGGCGCUCAUGAUCAUCCUCACAGUCAUGGUCAUCUGCUCCCUCCCCUUCGUCAGGAAAUCUGGGUACUUUGAGGUGUUCUACUGGACACACCUGCUGUACGUGGCCUUCUGGGUGCUGACCAUCCUACACGGACCCAACUUCUGGAAGUGGUUCGUGGGCCCCGGCGUCAUCUUCGUCUUGGAGCGCCUCGACCGCUUCAUCAGACUCCAGAUCAGAGGUGGCAAGGCUUACAUCAGGUCCGGGGUGCUGCUGCCCUCCAAGGUGAUCCACCUGGUCAUCAAGCGACCACCACAGUUCGACUUCCGCCCCGGCGAUUACGUCUUCAUCAACAUCCCCGAGAUUGCUAAGUACGAGUGGCAUCCCUUCACCAUUUCCUCCGCCCCAGAGCAAGACGAUGUGGUGUGGCUGCACAUCCGGGCUGUGGGCCAGUGGACCAACAGACUGGUCCAGUACUUCGAGGUGGAGCAGGAGCGGUGUUCCCGCCAGCGAGGCGAGGUCGUGGUCCAGGCGGGAGACGCCACCGAACUCAACACGAUGGUGAGUGACGGGCGGAGAGCGACCAUCAUCAGGCCCCGGAAGACCAGCGCCUCCCCCCUGACCCUCUCCCUCCACGACAACCCCUCAGGCAACACCGGGUCCAAGGCACUGCAGGAGAACGGCACGACCAACGUGGCCUUCGAACUCGACGGAAGCGUCAACGGAGUGAGGCUGGAGACUACCCAGAGUGAUGGAGAAGCCGCCGACCCCGCCAUGACCACGCUGGAGACGACGGCUCCCAAAGCACCUCUUACAGGCGCAAAGAACCAGUCCUCGCAUCACUUUUUCGGGGGAUCAAAGAUGGGCAAGAAGAAACUGGUCAAGACCCGCUCAGUGCCCGACUUAACCAAGAGACUGAAGAAGCGAGAGAAGAACUUGAUCCUACGUGACAACUUCCGGGCAGCCUCGGCCAGGACGUACGAGGCCAGCUCGCUGAAGCUGGCUGAGCAGCCGGCCUCUCACACUCCUGCUCCACUCUUCUCACACUUGCUCAAAUCCACAGCACCAUCAAGCUUCAGAUACAUGAGGCGGAAGCCUACAAUAAUAACGCUCGACACGCCCUCCGAGGCUGAAGACAACGCGAGUUACGAGGUCGAGGAGGAGGUGGAGGAGCAUAGAAGGGAGGUGAGGGUGACCAUCCAGGAAGGUGGAGUGAACUCUUCCCCCGGCACGCUAGAUAUGUCGCCCCUGACAGCCGAAAGCGGCCAAGUGCGCCAUAAGAACAACCAGGAGGACGCGGCACUGAGGACGCCCAAGCAAGUCGAGCAAAGAGGAAGGAAGUUGAGCAGGUUCGAAGAGGCAAUGGCUGAAGGAGCGUGUGCUGUGGGCAAGCCACUUGCGAUUUACAUGGAUGGUCCGUUCGGUACACCAUCCAGCCAUAUUUUCGGGGCCCAACAUGCUGUCCUGAUUGCGACGGGGAUAGGAGUUACACCAUUUGCUUCUAUCCUCCAGUCUAUCAUGCACAAAUACUGGAAGGCUAGACACACCUGUCCCAGGUGCACGUAUUCCUGGACCUCUGGCCCCUCUUUUAAUACCAUUAUGAGUCUUCGCAAGGUGGACUUCUUCUGGAUUAACAGGGACCAGCGUUCAUUUGAGUGGUUUGUGAACCUACUGUCACAACUGGAAAUAGAACAGGCAGAGCAGGGUGGAGUCCUAGAGCGGUUCCUGGACAUGCAUAUGUACAUCACCUCAGCGUUACAGAAGACUGAUAUGAAGGCCGUUGGGCUCCAGUUGGCUCUUGACCUCCUCCACGAGAAGGAGAAGCGAGACCUCAUCACUGGCCUCAAGACCCGUACUAACGCUGGUAGACCCAACUGGGAUAAGGUUUUCAAGCAACUUCAGAAUCAACAGAAAGGGAAGAUCACUGUAUUCUACUGUGGUCCACCUGCUCUUGGACGAACGCUUCGCUACAAGUGUCAUGAAUAUGGCUUUAAUUUCCGAAAAGAGAUCUUCUAACCUGUAAUUAUUAGACGGUAUUACAGUUUCUUGCAGUCAAUUACUCACUUUAAAGUAAAUGGAAGAUAUAUACAAUAAAUCCACACGCUAGAGAUGGGAAAAGUGGCGAUAAUUUCUCUCCAGGAUGGACUAAAAAUGUGUUUCCUCUUCCCAUUCCUAAAGAGCAAAGUUAGUAUUUAACAAUACUGUACCUUGUUGUUCAAAGUGAUGGCACAAGGAACAUUUGAAUUAAGUUUCUACAGUUUGCCAUCCUUCUCGUUAACUGCUUAAGAAAGGAAUCUCUCUUCAUUCAUGUACAUUGGUAUGCUUCUGAUGGUAAUUUCUCAUACCCAGCUUUCAGGCUAAGACAUCAACGAUCUGGAGGAACACAGGUUUCAUAGAAUACCGGGCAAAUUAAUAUUUGGAGCGAGAGCAUACCAGCACUAGAACCCCUUCCUCUGUUUUAGGUUAAGUGCAGUGCUCAAGUGUAUAGUGGAUGCACCAGGAGCUGUGAUUCUAAACUCCAAUAAUGUUUCUCCAAGCACAUCAGAAUUAUAGCCAUGAAGCUAGAAUCAUUUUACUAUAUACAGUAUAGUUAAAUUAAAAUGAAUUUUGAAUUAAGUUUUUUUGUCAAAGUGUUCAAGUGCAUUUUACACACUGUAUAUGAAUGAACUUUUCAAGACUGUGAUGCAUAUUUUACAUUGGAAGAAAUGUAAUUUUGAAACUUGAAUUCAAAUAUUUUUUUGUGCAUAUAAAUAUUGUGGGUCAAGGCUCAAGUCAGAGAAAACUGUCCUGGUGUUAAAGGACUAAUAAAUUACUGUACAUCAGUUUUAUUGUCAGUUAUAAGAAAAAGUUCCCUAAAUAGCUGUAUGUACAUAAUGCACAUUAAAUAAAUUUACUAGCUUAUAAAUAUGUACAGUUUAUUGAAUACCAUAUAUAACAUUUAUUUCAAUCACAUGUGCUGUACAGUAUAUCCAUACUUGCUCAGUGCUCUUUUCGACCAUUAAUUUUUUUCACAUGUAAAAUAUUUUAGCUUGAUAAUGUCUGCAUUUUUGUGAACUGUAUAUAUGUAGAUAAAUUAUGUAAGCCUACGCAACGAGCAUUCCAUGCAACAGAAUGAAGUAGUGACCAACGGCUGAAAAAAUAACUGGGGAAAGGGAUCCUAUUCUCCUGCGAGUCUAAUGUGAAAUUAGGCUGUGUGAAGCAACUUGCACAAUAGUAUACCUGGAGAGGGUUCUGGGAGUAUUUCUACUUCCUGAGCCCUGCAUGAGGCCAGGCUCGGCCCAGCCAGCCUUUUUUUUUUUUUUGUUUAGCAGCUAUACACAUGCUAAAUUUCUGGCUCAUUUCAAUAAAAACCAUCACAGAAAUAUCAGCAGUUGGAUAAAAUGCGUGGAUAUGAUGUAUGCGGUGUUAAAACCAAACAUUUAUGAAGCUUUGGAUCAUAGCAUUAUUUAUAUAAAGAAAUUUUAAAUGAAUUUAAAAUUAUUUUAAAUUAAAUAAGUCAAUUUAUUUUAAAUGCUGUAAAUAAAAAAUGUACUGUAUGUAAAGGUUUCACACGGACAUUCCAGUAUAUUAAUCGUGAAUGCCUUGUUUCAUAAUAGGGGUUGGAUGAGUGUGUGUGGUUUUCUAUGAAAUAUUUUAGCCUGUAACUUUUGAUAACUUUGAUUAAGCAAUAUCAUAGGCUGAAAACUAAUAGUGUGACUAGUUGCAUAUGUACUACUUUGCAUUUAAUGCCAUUGUCAUGUGCUUUGGCUUAACUUUUUUCUAUCUGCCAUUUUUUAAUUACUGUAUGUUGCACUUUUUAAACAAAUGCUUCAUUUAAAUACAUACACAGUAUAAUGAAACUUAGUAAAGAUACAUAUUGAAAGUCUGUUUAUUGCUUCUUAUAUUUAAUAUUUCAAUGUCUUGAUAGGAGGAAUUUGUUAGGCUUUUUUUAAGGUCAUUUUGAAUUGCUUAGGUGGAAAUGCUUGAGACGUACUCGCACAGGCAUUAAUAGAUUACUGUAGGCCUAGCGAGUGAACAUUAAACAAAAUAUUUUUGUAAUGUACACUAAAGGUAUGACAUUUUAGCCAAUCCUGGACCAUUGCCAUUGAUUCAACUUGACAUGGGCUCCAUUAUUACUAAUAACUGACCAUUAUUACUAAUGGACCAAAAAGUCAUUACAUACCUUUCACGUGGGUUGGAUGGUCGAUACUUAUCUCUUGCCUCACAUUCUUAUUUCACAUUGCAAAGAUUUGAAAAAUGUCUCGUGCACAGAGUAAAUAGCCAUAUGGAGUGCUCUGGCAAACAUUUUUUCAAAUCAUCACUUGAAAGCUUCAGAAAUGCUUGCAGAACUUCAGCCUGAAGUCACUACAUUUAAGGUACAAGAUGUCCAAUAUAAGGCCAUUUCCACAAAGUAUAAGGUGCAGGUCGACAAGCUAAUUUAAUGGUGUCUUAUAUACCCUCAAUUUUUUUUUUGGUGAAAAUGUACGAUAUUAAUAUUUAUACAGUACAGUAGCUAAAUUUUCUAUUUUAAUUUGGAAAAUAUUUUAGCAUUAGUUUUGAACUAGUUCUCGCCAUCAUUCAUGUUAAUAUCUGUGAUCGUCUAUUUUUGACAAACUAACAUUUCCAAUACCAUCCACUUCUAUAUAACUGUCCAUUGCUGUAUUAUAUUGUGUAUGUAUAUUACUGACUCAUCAUCUUUUAACAAAUUAAAGUGUCUUAUAUACGUACUAUCUAAAUGAUACUAUAUAUUUGUAUGUGUGUGUGUGCAUAUUGUAUGCUCAAGUAUGUAUGUUUAAUAUAUAUAUUAUUCAGAAUUAAACUUACUGUCUAUCAUAUAAACUGCUUCCAGUAUGAGUGGAAGUAUCCAAAUGAAAUACUAAUGUAUUUAUUUAUUCAUUUGGAAGUAUCCAAAUGAAUAAAUAAAACCAUCGAUGUUAGGAGUAACGGGCUACUACAAUUCAUGUCUUCUGCUGAUAUUGUAUAUAAAAACAUUGCUCUAGAUACCUUUAUAACAAGUAAAGUUAUAUUUUAA